CUAUUUUUGUAAGAAAUAAACAGAGGAAGAGGAGGAAAUGGGAGAGAAAGCUGUCAUGGAGGUGCUGAACAGAGUGAAGCCAUACUUGGCAAUGGUGUCUCUGCAGUUUGGAUAUGCAGGGAUGUAUGUUAUCACCAUGGUUUCUUUCAACCAUGGCAUGAACCAUUACAUUCUUGCUGUCUACCGUCACUUGGUCGCGACGCUUGUAAUUGCACCCUUUGCUUUAGUCCUUGAAAGGAAAAUAAGGCCAAAGAUGACACUCCCCAUCUUCCUCCGAAUAACUGUCCUUGGUUUCCUUGAGCCAGUGAUAGACCAGAACUUGUAUUACCUGGGAAUGAAAUACACCUCAGCUACCCUUGCUUCUGCCACUGUCAAUGUCCUUCCCGCCAUUACUUUUAUACUGGCACUUAUUUUUAGGCUAGAGAGUGUGAACUUGAAGAAAAUACAGAGUAUAGCAAAGGUGGUAGGAACAGUGAUUAUGAUCCCUGGAGCAGUAAUCAUGACUUUCUAUCAAGGCCCUGCUGUGUUCGGAGGCAGCAGCCACCAUGCAGCCACCAGCAACGGCCACGCAGACAAGAUGCGCUGGGUGAUUGGAACACUCAUGCUCCUGGCUAGGUGCUGGGGCUGGUCUGCUUUCUUCAUAUUGCAGAAAUUCACGCUGAACCACUACCCAGCGGAGCUGUCUUUGACCACACUGAUAUGCUUCAUGGGCACUCUUGGUGGUGCUGCUGUGUCGUUGGUUGUGGAACGGGACACUAAGGCCUGGAAGAUUGGUUUUGAUUUCGGCCUCCUUGCCGCUGUUUACUCUGGUGUGGUUUGCUCUGGAGUGGCAUAUUACAUUCAAGGAGUUGUUAUGAAGGAGCGAGGGCCUGUGUUUACGACAGCCUUCAGCCCUCUCGGCAUGAUUAUCACCGCAGCGCUAAGCACCAUCAUUUUAUCGGAGAGUGUCAAUCUGGGAAGCAUAAUUGGAACACUUCUCAUAAUCUUUGGUCUUUACACUGUGCUGUGGGGCAAAAGCAAAGAUCAGGGAGACUCGGCUGUAGCAGCCAAAGAUGGUGGUAAUGCCCUGGAAUUGCCAGUCACAAACACGGUCAAUUCGACUACGUCCAUCAAGAUUGAUAGUGGUAACAUUAACAAGGAUUUGUCAAACUGUUAGAUGAUCACUUGUAACCGAGGGACAAUUGCAAGAGAAUAAAACUUUGAAUAUCAA